UAGUAUAAGGUGGCCAGUAAUUGGAGGGUUGCCAGUAAUAGACGGUUUACCCUACUUACCUACUCAAAAACCAACAUUUGGUGAAGUGCAAGUGCUGAUGAAAACUGUAAUGAUGGCAUACGGCCAAGUCGGAUUUAUUGAGUGUACUACGAUUUGGAGGUUGUUGCAGAUUGUCAGCCAAGCAUGGGCAUGUUGCUCCUGCUGCUGCCCCUGCUGCCAGCGAUGCUGCCAUAUGAGCUGCCGCCGCACCUGCGUAUAGGUAUCGCAUCAUUAUCAGCCAAGCCUACGGCUGCAGCACUUGCUGCCGCAGAAAAGCCUGUCGUCCUCCUCGCUGCCCCGGUGGCUGCAAGCCCAAGUACUGGUGACCGCCUGAACCAUACCCUCAUGCUCGGAUGGCUCCUGGCGCGGCUGGCGUUCCUGCUGUGGCUGGCGCUGGCGGCGGCCGCCUGCAAGAAGACCCGCCUGGUGUGCCGCCCGGCGCCCGGCCAGCCGCCCGCCUGCCGACAGGGCGCCGUCGGUCAGUGUCUGCCUAACUAGGGCGUCAUCCGCUACGUCACACUCACAUGGCGCUGCCCGCCCCGCCGCUGAUAAUGUUCAAAAAUGAAUCACAAGUCAAUAAACCGUACUGUUGAAUAGUG